UUAGAGGACCCAUUCGAAGUCAAAAAUGGUUUCUUUUUUCUUUUUCUUUCUAAAAAACCCAUUGAAGGAGGAGAGGAGGAGGUAGACCUCUCACUCCUCUGCCAUUGUUUUCCUUUUUUUACAUUAUGUGAUUGAAAGGCCCACCAAAGCUGGAAGCAAGCAAGCAGCACAAAUUCAUCUCAAUCUGCUUACAAGGAAACAUGAUUUCAGAAAACAGGGAUGUAUUGAAUCGACAUCCUUUCAUGUUUUGCUCGAUUGGGUUCUUCUUUUCUCUCUGUUGAUUCUUAUCUUUCAAAGUUUCUUAUAAUUUGGGGAAGAUUUGGGUCUCGUUCUGCUUCUGGGUUCUCUUGCCUGCUUGGUGUUCGACGAAAUGCCUCCUUCAUUGUUUUCCCCUGUUGAUGGCUUCUAGCUCUGAGGAGUUCUAUGGAGGAAAUCCCUUUGGAGGUUCUAUCAAUGGCUUCCUGUAUUUCUCUUUGAAUGACGACCCUUGAUUAUAAUUGUUUCUGCAAAUGGGUUUUUGGUUUCAUGUUCAUCUGUAUCUAGAUUGAGUGUUUUCUCAACUUUUGGAUUGAGAUUAGUUGAGAUAUCUAUUCCAUUGCUUCAUUGAUCUAUUUGGAUUAGUUGAUUGAUUGUCUGCUUGUUCUCAAAUGGGCAAGAAGAAGGGGUGGUUUUAUUUAGUCAAGAAGCUAUUUGUUUCAGAGCCAGAGCCAAAGCAGCCUGAGAAGAAGCAAAAGAGAUGGAAAUGGAUGUUUGGAAGAGUGAAGAACAAGAGAUUAGCCACACUGACAGCACCGAAAGCGACGUUGAGACAAGAGGAGGAAGAGGAGAGGAAUCAGGCUCUUUCUGUGGCCAUUGCAAGUACCGCGGCUGCCGAAGCAGCCAUUGCAGCUGCUAAGGCUGCUGUUGAGGUUGUGUGGCUCACAGGGACCCCUCAAUCUAAUCAACAAGAGGCUGGAGAUGAAGCCUUUAAACCUCUGAAGAAGGCCCCUCCAUCUGAUCUCCUUAAACGUGAAAGGGAAAUCCAUGAGCUUGCUGCUAUUAUUAUCCAAACUGCUUUCCGUGGCUUCCUUGCAAGGAAAGCAUUGAGAGCACUGAAAGGAAUAGUGAGGCUACAGGCAAUUAUCCGAGGGCGAGCUGUUAGGCGCCAAGCCAUUGUCACUUUGAAGCGCUUGCAGUCCAUUGUUAGCAUUCAAUCACAAGUCUGUUCAAAUCGACUUCAUCUUCCUCAAAACACUUUCAAUUCUCCUGAAACCAAGCAGUUGCAGAGCUUGAAAGAAACGAUUAUAAAGUUGGAUUCGAACGGUCAAAGGUGGGAUGAUAGCCUGCUAUCAAAAGAAGAAUCUGAUGCAGUAUUUUUGAGCAAGAAAGAGGCAGUGAUCAGGAGAGAACGAGUCAAAGAAUACUUGUUUGCUCACAGGAGAUCUGCAGAGUCCGAACGAAAGAAGGUAAGUGGAAGAUGGAGAUACUGGCUCGAUCAAUGGGUCGACACCCAACUCUCGAAAAGCAAAGAACUCGAAGAUUUAGACUCUCUUUUCACCCCAAAUCCUAAACACAAAGUGACAGACGAAAUCAAACCAAACCCAACAACAAAAACCAUGAACAAAACCAUAAUAGAACUCCCCAACCAUUCCCCAUCUCUGAAAAAGCUCGCACACCACAAGAAGCAACGUUCAUUGGGAGGCGGAAUCGACUCGAGCAACGUUUCAUUUUCAAGUUCCCCAAUGGUGCCAACAUACAUGGCGGCCACAGAAUCUGCAAAGGCGAAAGCAAGGUCCUUGAGCUCACCAAAGCUGAGGCCAGCAGGGGGAUUGGACAUAUGCUCCGAUGGGAACUCUCCAUGCAAGACAAAGCAGCUCAGUUUGGUGUCAUCAAUAGCGAGUGAAGUGGCCAUUAGCAGUGGAAGAAGGGGGUUUCAGCAACAGAGGUCACCGGGGCUGAAGGGGCUGCCAGGGCCAACAAGAUCAAGCAGAACGCUCACCAAGGAUUUGAGUAUUGAUUCAGAGCAUUCAUUGCCAAACUGGGAUAGACAAAGUGCCUUCCAAUGAUUGGUUUUUGUUCUUGUUGGGCAUCUUGUGAUGAUACUAAAUGAAUACAUAUACAGGUUAUGGUGUUGUGCUCAUAUAUCUAAUAAAAAUGUGUUUGCUGUUUGUAAACAAGUGUGCCUAUAGUUUACUCUUAUAAGUGAUUUGUUGUUUUCUUUGUUAUUAAA